AUGAAAACUUUAAAAAGUUUAUCAGACUAUAUAUUAAAUAUAAAAGAAACACAUGAAGAUAAUAUUGAAGAUUAUAUAGAAAAUAAUUGUCAUAUUAAUUAUAAUUUAUGUGACUAUAUUAAGAAAACAAAAAAGUCAAAUAUAUGCAAAAAUAAAGAUAUAAAUAAAAAUGAACAGAUAAAUAAAAAUUUUAACUAUUUAUUAGAUGACUUUUUUUCAUCAAAUAAAAAUACUUUUGAUUUUUUAAAUUUAGAAGAAAAUACAAAAAAUAAUUGUAGUUUAAAUGAUAUAGAAGAUAAAAGGAAUGUUGAAAAUAAUUUAAAAGAAUUUAAUUUAAAAAAUGCUUUGUUUGAAAAACUUUUAAAUAAUGUAAAUAGUAAAGAAAAAAAUUACUCAUCACAAAAUAAGGAAUUUCAAUUUAUUAUUAAUUUUUUAAAAGAAAAUAUGAAUUACAAAAAAAAUAAAAAAAACAUUAUGGAAUGUAAUAACAUAACAAAUACUGAAAACAUUACUUCAUUUUCUAAAAAAAAAGAUGAAAAGAAAGAAAAUAAUAAAAAUUUAGUAGACAUUAAAAAUGAAGGAAUAAAAAAUUACAGUGAUUUAAAAAAUGAAGAUCAUUGUUAUGUGUUAAAUAAAAAUCAUGAAAAUUAUAAAUAUUUAAGUUAUAAUGAUUAUAAAAAAGAUGAAAUUAUUUUUUCCACUAAAAACUAUAGUAAAAAUCAUGAAUUCAAAGAAAAAAAUCUUAAUGAUGUUUUUGUUGAACCAUCUGAAUUAUUUCAUUUAAUAAAUAAAGAUUUUAACAAUGAAGAUACAUUAUCCAAAGAUUUUUUAAAAAAUAAUAAUAUAAAUAUUUAUAGUAAUUUUACAUUUGAUAUGAAUGAAAAUGUAUUGGAAGAUCAAUCAUUGGACAAAAUGAAUAAUAUAAAUAAAUUAUUUAAUAACAUAUUUUCUUUUAAUAAAAGUAACAAUUAUAAUAACAGCAAUAAUAGUCUUGAUGUUUAUGUUAAUAAUAGCAAUAAUAUAUCUAAUAGUUACCAUAAUAACAUGAAUUAUUACAUAUAUGAUGACGAGAAGAAAAAUAUUAAUAAUUAUAACAAUAUUAAAACUCUUAACAAAAAUAGCUUUGAAAAUAAAAAUUAUAAUGGUAACAUUAGUAAUAAGAGUAAUAAUAAUAAUUAUAGUAAUAGUAGUAAUAAUAAUAGCAAUUAUUAUUAUUAUAAUUAUAAUAGUAACAAUAAUGAUAUUGCUAAUAUAAAUAAUAAGAAAGAUAAUAAUAAUACUUAUAAACAAAAUAUUAUUAAUAAGAAUCAGAAUAAUAAUAACAAUAAAAAUAAUUAUAAUAGUAAUGAUAAUAAUGAAAAUAAUAAUAGAAAUAACAAUGAAUUAUGUGAAAAGGUAGUAAAUAAAAUUACUAAAAUAAAUACAAAUACAUUAUCAAAUUUCUGUGAUAUUAGUUUUUUAAAAUCUACUAUGAAUGAAAUCAAUGAGUAUAAAUUUUCUGAUACAUGUAUAAAUGAGGAAAAUAUUUUACAGCCGAAUUUUGAAUUGUCUUCCAAUUAUUGUAAUAAUAAUUUAAAUACUUGUAGUACAAAGGAAAUUUAUUUAGAAAAUACGAAUGUAGAAAAUAAUAUAAAUUUAGAUGAAAUUGUAGAUCUUAAUUUUAUGAAUGAAUCUCCUUGUAAUUUUAAAGAAACGACGGAGAAAUUAAAUAAUAAAUUAGAUAAUAAAUUAGAUAAUAAAUUAGAUAAUAAAUUAAAUAAUAAAUUAGAUAAUAAAUUAGAUAAUAAAUUAAAUAAUAAAUUAAAUAAUAAAUUAAAUAAUUAUAUAGAUAAAAAUAAAUAUUUCCAAAAUUUACAUGAAAAUAGAGAAAAUAUAAUAAACUCUAGUGAUUGUAAUAAGAGAAUAUGUGACGGAUUUGAAAUGGAACAAAAAGAUACAUUUUUAAAGAAGGAACAAAAUAAUAACAAUAAUAAUAAAUGUCUUAUAUAUAAUGAAUUAAAUAUAAAUAAUAGUUUAAACAAUUUUAAAAUAGAUGAUGAUGAAUUGAAUAAUAUAUAUAACCCUAUAUAUAAUUUUAAUAAAGAAAAUAAUUUAAUAAACAGUAUUAAUCACAUAGAUUCAAUUCUUCAUAAUAAUACAUUAAAUGUAGAUUUUCUUUUAAAUAAUUUUAAUAUGAAUUAUAUGAAGAAUAAAAGUGAAACUGAACUAUUUACAAAAGAGGGGUAUGUAGGUUAUUUUGAUGAAGAAAUUAAGAAUCAUCUUAAUCAAGAAAAAAAUCAUUUAAAAAGUAAUUUAGAAAAACAGAUUAAUAGAAAUGAAGAGGAGAUAUAUUUAAAAGAACAUAACUCUAACUUUCCUCAUGAAACAAAUUAUUUUUUGAAUUUUCGCAAAAAUACAAACAAUUAUAAUAAUAAAGAGGAACCUUUUUAUAUUCCCGUUUUACAUGAAUUUAAUAAAAAUGAAAUGCUUUCAAAAUUAAAUAAUGAAGUGGAAAGUAAUUGUUCAAAUGAUUUUGAAUGUAAUCAAGAAAAAACCAUUAAAGAAGAAAGUAAUAUCACAAAACAUAUAAAAAAUAUUUGUCAUCAUAAUAAAACAUUGAAUAAAAUGGAUGUUAAAAGAAUUUCAAGUAAGUUAUUAAAUAAUAGUGAAGGUUAUUUUGAAAAUGAAAAAGGAAAAAAUAUGAGUAGAAAUCAUUCAUUACAUAGUGAAAAAAAUAUGGAAUCAUGGAACAACUAUAAAAAAUAUAUAUAUUCCAAAGGUAGUAUUAAAAACGUAAAUAAUUUCUAUAAAAAGAAAAAUGAAGAAAAAAAAUAUUUAAUAAAAUCACAUAGUAAUACUAAUAUGAAUAAUUUAACAAAUAAAUCAAAAAAUGUUUUAAAAAAAAUGAAUAAUACAAAUUAUUUUAUGGAUGAUAUGUAUGUAUUUCAUAAAAAUUUUGAAAGUAAUAAUGAUUAUAAGAAAUUUAAAAAUAAUGUACUAUCAAAAAAUGAAGAACACAACAGUAAUAAAAAUGCAAAAGUAAGUUUAAACUACAUGAAUGAUUCCAACAUACCAUUUUUAAAAAAUACAAAUAACAUAAACAAUAAUAACAACAAAAUCUCGAGUGAUAAUAAUAUUAGUGAAGUAACAAAUGCUUUCAUUUUAAGAAAAAGUAGCAUUUUAAAAGAUUUAAACCAAAUGAAAAACUCCCUCAGUGAAUGUUUUAGUAGUAAAAUGAAUAAUGUUAUAAGUAAUAUGAUACAUGUAAAAAAUAUAAAUAAUUUUCAUCAAAUGAUUUACAAUAAUGAUAAAGAUACUAUAAACAGUGAUGGUAAUAAUAACAAUUAUAACAAUAAUGUAUAUAACGAUAAUGAAAAUAAUUACAUUAACAUAAAAAAUAGUGAUAAUGAUUAUCAUGAUGAUAAUAACAAUAACAUGAAUAAUAAUAAUAAAAAUAAUGAUUAUAAUGAUAUGAAUAGUAUAAAUGAUAAUGAUUAUAAUGAUAAUGAUAAUAAUAGUAAUUACAAAAAUGAAGAUAAUCAUGAAAAUGGUAAUACUGAUUAUGAUUAUGAAGAUAACAUAAAUAAUGAUAACAAUAAUGAUGAUAAUGAUAAUGAUAAUAAUAAUACAAAUAAUAAUGAUAAUGAUAAUAAUAAUACACAUAAUAAUGAUAAUAAUAAUAACAAUAAUAACAAUAAUAAUAAUAAUAAUAAUAAUAAUAAUAAUAAUAAUAAUAAUAAUAAUAAUAAUAAUAAUAAUAACAAUAAUAAUAAUAAUAAUAAUAACAACAAUAAUAAUAAUAAUAAUAAUAACAACAACAACAACAAUAAUAAUAAUAAUAAUAAUAAUAAUAAUAAUAAUAAUAAUAAUAAUAAUAAUAAUAAUAAUAAUAACAACAACAACAACAACAAUAAUAAUAAUAAUAAUAAUAAUAAUAAUAAUAAUAACAACAACAACAAUAAUAAUAAUAAUAACAACAAUAAUAAUAAUAACAACAACAACAAUAAUAAUAAUAACAACAACAACAAUAAUAAUAAUAACAACAACAACAACAAUAAUAAUAAUAAUAAUAAUAAUAAUAACAAAUAUAAGGAUAACAAUAAUGAUAAUAAUAAUACAAAUAAUAAUAAUAGUAACAAAAAUAAAGAUAGCAGUAAUGAUAUCAAUAGUAUCAAUAAUGAAAAUAUUAAUAACUCAUAUAUAAAAAAUAAUAUAAAUAGUACAAGUAAUAAUGUUCCAAAGUUAAGAACAAAGGAUAGUAUAUUAGAUGGAUCAAAUAUACAAAAUAAGAAAGAGAAUCAAAAAAAAAUGAAAUUUUUGAAUCCGUCAUUGACAAGCAGUAAUUCGAAAUAUAUGAAAAACUAUGGUUUUAAAGAUUUUUUAAAAACAAAUAAUAAUACUAAUACAUUGAAAAAUGAAAUUUCUUUUUCAAACUCAAGAAAUAUAUAUAACAAUAGUAAUAACAGAAAAGAAAGGAAAAAAAAAAAAAUAACUAAUUCUAAUUCUUGCAAUGAUUUGCAGAAUUAUUAUAAUGAAAAAAAAAAUAAUAUGAAGAAUAGUACUUUAACAAAAAGUAUAUCUGCAAAUAACUUAAAUUUAUACUCGGUUCUUUAUGAUGCUAUUCUUUCACUGUAUGAUGAAAGAAUUAAACCGACUGAAAAAGAAGUCGUAAGAAAAUUAAAAGAGUUAAAUAUAAAUUCAAAGUUUAUAAAAAAUAUUUACUUUUAUAUCAGUUCAUACCCAGAAUUUAUAAUUGAAAAAGAUGAAAAUACGGAUUCAUGGGCGGUUUAUUUAAAAAAUGAACCUGAUGAUUUUAAAGGUUUUUUUGAUCCUUGUGAUAAAGAUACUCCUUGUGAUGAAAAUGUAUGGAAUAGCUUUUUAAUUUAUUUAAUAGAAAUUAUGAAAAGUCAAUAUUGCAAAGAAGAAAAUAAUAUUCAGGAGAAUAAUAAGCAAGAAGAUGAUGCAAAUGAAAAUAUAAAAGAAAAUAAUAAAAAUGAAUUACAUUAUUCAACAUCAGGAAAUAAUUCAUUAAAUAAUAAUUUGGAGAAUGGUAGUUUUUCAAAAACUAAUGAAGAAAAUUCUAUACCUGUUUUAAGCUUUAGGAAAAAAAAUAAAAAAGAUAAUGUUGAUCAAAUAUAUAGGUUUAAAGGAGGAAGGUAUAAUAUGGCUGUAGAAUUAAAAAAUAGAAAUCUUUCAUUUUUAAAAAAUUUAAAGUUAGGAGAAAUUUGCCAUUUAAUUCAAAAAUCUAUAUCUCUUAAUAUUUUACGUUAUGAAGAUAAAUAUUUACAACCAUUAUGUGCUUGUAACAUUGUUGUUUUUUCAAGUAUGUUCUCAUUGGGUUUAAAUGUAGAACAAAAAUAUGGUGUUACUACUUCAUCACAAUUAGGUUUUCCGCAUUUAGGUGAUAUAGAAAUUCACCCAAUCAGAACUAUUGAACAAGUAAAAAAAUGCUUAAAUGAAAUUUUAAAAAAUUUCCCAUUAGGAGCUGCUAUCGGUCAUUUGAAGAAGACAAUAAUUGAAAAAUAUGGCUUAUAUAUAUGCCCAAUGAUAUUCAGAUAUACUCGAUUAUGUCCAUUAUUAGCUUCAGAUUUAUUUUCGAAUACAUGUAGAGUUUUUAGUGAUAGCAAUCAUAGAAUCUUUGUUCAGCUAGUUCAUUUUGAUAUGCCAGAAAAUGUUACACUUUAUACCCCUAAAAAGUCUAAAAAAGAAGAGUCCUCUACAGAAAAUGCAGUAACAUAUUAUGAAAACUUAUUUAAGAAAAAUAUUUCAUAUAUAUUUAAUGAAGUCUAUUAUUCGAAAAAAUAUGAAGAACUUUUUUAA